CAUCAACAUUAAAGAAAAUGGCUGCUCCUGGCCAAAGAGCCUUUGCUCAAAAGUUAAAUAAACAGGGGGCAGCAGAGGUGAGAAGACAGGUGUCAUCCACUGUUUUGUUUGCUCCACCUGAACUCACAAAGAGUGUCAGUGGCCUCAACUUGGCUGUAGCUCAACAUGGACAAGGGCUGCAUCCGGCUGAUGGGAUUGAACCCCCAGAUUUUGAAGACUUUGUCAUCCAGAACCAGUGUCUGAUUGAGCGUGACCCAUUCCGCGAUCUGCUGCUGUACCCAGAGGAUGACAUCGAGGUUCACCAGAUCCCACGCACGUGUCGCACCGUCAGCCCCGUCGUCCCGGAGAUCAGCAAUGACAUGGAUCCUAUCGUGAGUGACUGUAUCAAGCGCUACACAUCAGAGUAUACAGCUGUUACUCGCAGAUAUCAAAAGUACAGUUCGAGUUUUUACAGCAAGGAUCGACUGUCAGAGUUAGAUGGAAUUAUUCACCAGGAGUACGAGAUCGAUGUGGAAGAUGCACCAUCCACCUUUGACAGGGAGAACACGAAACGGCAGUCAAUUCACAUGAAUGAGACGCCUCGGGGGAGCUGGGCGAGCAGCAUCUUCGACUUGAAGCAGUCACAGGCCGACGCUCUUCUGCCCAAUCUGUUCGACCGCAAGUCUUCCGAGGAGGUCGACAAACAGAACGAGGAUCAGAGGCAGCAGAACAGACAGGAUAACAUCUUCAGUCUGUUCACAGUGCAGGACGAUGACGAAGGUGUCGAGAAACGCCCACCAGCUCCCAUCCCUGCUGAGCACUUUGGUCACAAAAUACUUGUUAAAUGUUUACAGCUGUCUCUCGAGAUGGAAGUGGAACCAGUGUUUAUCUCUAUGGCUCUCUAUGAUGCCAGGGAACGUAAAAAGAUAUCGGAGACUUUUCACUUUGACUUGAAUUCGGAACACACCAAGCAUCUGAUUGGAAUGCACGUUCCUCAUCAAGACAUCUCCACUCUGAGUCGGUCGUGUAUCUUCAGUUUAACCUACCCAUCUCCAGAUGUGUUCCUUGUCGUCAGGCUAGAGAAGGUUCUGCAACAAGGGGACAUAAGUGAGUGUGCAGAACCCUACAUGAAGGAAGACAAGUCUGCCAAAGAGGAGAAGUACCGCGCGAAUGCCGUUCAGUUCUGCGAGCGGCUCGGCAAGUACCGCAUGCCCUUCGCCUGGACGGCCAUUUACCUCAUGAACAUCGUCACCGGCGGAAACUCUAACAGUCUGGAGAGAGAGGCAUCGGUGGAGAAAAACUCUGAGAGUGAGACGUCACGGGCAACCAGUCUGGAUCGAAGGAGUGGCAACCUGGGAGGUCAGAUGCAGGGAUUCCGCAGACAGUCGAAGGAUGACCUCGCGACAGCUGGCCGACGUGGUUCGGUGGACCGCGGCCGCAGUGGUUACGACAAGAGACGCAGCUGGUCUCCAGACAGCUACGGAGCGAGUCUCGACAACUUCCGACCUGUCACCCUCACAGUGUCGAGCUUCUUCAAACAGGAAAGUGACAAGCUCAGUGAUGAUGAUCUCUACAAGUUUCUGGCUGACCUUAAACGACCUUCAUCUGUCCUUAAGAGGGUUAAAUGUAUUCCAGCCACUCUAAAGCUAGACAUCUCUCCGUGCCCCGAAGAGCCGAAAUACACGUUGACAGCCGAGCUAGCCAAGGUCGACCCAUACCCGGACGACAAGGGGAGACCGACCAAGGAAAUCACAGAAUUUCCUUCCAAGGAAGUCUAUAUGCCGUACACCUCUUACAAGAAUUCACUGUACAUUUAUCCCAAGUAUCUGAACUUCUCCACUCGUCAGGGGUCAGCUCGGAAUUUAGCUGUUAAGAUUCAGUUCAUGGCUGGUGAAGAAGAAAUUCAUGCUUUGCCGGUGAUCUAUGGUAAAUCAAGCUGUCCUGAGUUUACAAGAGAAGCGUACUCGGCUGUCACUUACCACAACAAGUCUCCUGAUCUAUACGAAGAGGUGAAGGCAAAGCUGCCCGCCAAACUGACGGAGUUCCACCACAUCAUGUUCACGUUCUACCACAUCAGCUGUCAGGUGAAGAAGAACGAACCCACGCCCACGGAGAUACCUGUAGGAUACACGUGGCUGCCUCUGAUGCGAGAUAACCAUCUGGUGGUUGGAGAAUUCAGUCUUCCCGUCUGUAUAGAACGACCCCCUCCACGCUACUCCAUGCUGCAUCCAGACGUGAAACUUCCCAACAUGAAAUGGGUGGACAAUCAGAAAGGUGUGUUCAAUGUCGUUGUCAAGGCAGUGUCCUCGGUCCAUCCACAGGAUGAACACAUUGACAGGUUUCUUCACCUGUGUCAAGCGGCCCAGGAGCAGAAACUUCCGCCUCGCAUGACGGAGAUCAGCUUUGAAACGGAACUCAAACGAAGCAUCAUGGACAUUACACGAGCUAAGGGAGAGAAUCUCGUUCAGUUUCUGUCACUGAUCCUUGACAAACUGAUACUGCUUCUUGUUCGGCCCCCGGUUAUUGCUGGCAAUAUGUUGAACGUGGGUCAGAACACGUUUGAGGCGAUCGCGCAGGUUGUACAACAGGUUCACGAACUGUUGGAGGAGAAGAACGAUCAGAACGGACGGAACACGUUGCUCGCCUCCUACAUCCAGUACAGCUGUUCCCUGGCCCACCCCACUGUCAACAGUCAGAGUAUGUAUACAGAUUUAUCUCCAGUACUGAGCCCGUCUUUGCAUUCACAAGGGUACGCAACUCUUGGCCGACCCUCAUCUCUGCCAAUCAGCAAGCAGGCAUACCAGCGCAGCACCAGUAACCCUGACCUUGCUGGCCUCACACCCACAUCUCCAGACGCAGAGGUCGCAGGCUUCAUUAUAGGACGUCAGCUUGACAGGACUGGCAGCAUGAAGGGAGAUGAGUUUUCUGGUCAGAACUACGCCAAAGUCAGAGGCAAGAAGUAUAUACAUGAAGAACUUGCUCUCCAGUGGGUCGUCUCGAGUGGUUCAACACGAGAACUCGCUCUUGGCAAAUCCUGGUUCUUCUUUGAGCUGAUGAUAAAGGCGAUGGCUGAGCACUUAGACCAGACCGACAGACUGUGUUCUCCGCGACAGAUGAGAUUUUCCGAUCACUUCAUUGAUGAUGUGUCUUCCCUGAUCAGCAAUCUCAUUAAAGACAUUGUAGAAAGACAUAUCAAGGAACCUCCCCUUAUUAAGGCACUAAACACAAGUUUAGCGUUUUUCCUGCAUGAUCUUUUGUCGCUGGUGGACCGAGGACUUGUGUUCAGUUUUAUCAGCCAAUACUGUGAGGUGAUUGCCAGUCGUAUUUCCCAGCUGUCUGACCCUACGAGCCUCAUGCUGCUUCGUCUCGACUUCCUUCGCAUCAUCUGCAGCCACGAGCACUACUACCCCCUGAACCUGCCGUUUGGAACCCCCCUCACCAUGUCGGGGGGAGCCUCCAGCCCCACCCCCAGCUCGGGCAGCGCGACAUCCCACAGCUCCUUUGCAUCUAACACCUCGACCAGCACGCUGACAGACAAGGGAAUCUACUACUCACUGAGCGCUGACUUCAGAAGACAACACUAUCUUGUCGGUCUUGUGUUAGCGGAUCUAGCAUCGGCGUUAGAUACGUUCAAUUCAGCGAUUCAUCAGAGAGCUAUCAACGUGGUGCGCAAUCUUCUCUUCAACCACGACCUUGACAUUCGCUACAUGAACCCGGACAUAAAGUGUCGGCUGGCGGCGCUGUACCUGCCUCUGGUGAGCAUCGUGAUCGAGGCCCUGCCUCAGUUGUACGACCCCUACACAGAGGGCCGGCAGCGCAACUCCAACAACUUUGACGAGGAGGGCGACAAGAUCAGUCAGAAACUGGCCAUGGCCAUCGCGGGAUCCACUUUCUUCAGCCGGGCCACAGACUCGCUGUACGACCCCAGUGAAGCAGCAGCCAAGGCGAGGAAGUGUCAGCUGAGUGCAGACUCGACCCAGAACCUGCUGAUCUGUUUCCUGUGGGUGUUGAAGAACGCCGACCACUCGGUUCUCAAACACUGGUGGUCCGAGCUGCCCAUGACCAAACUGAGUCCACUUCUCGAGGUCAUCUACUACGCAGUGUCCAACUUCGAGUACAAGGCCAAAUGGGCUAUGAUGAACUUAAACCUUCUGUCCCAUUUGCGACUUUUGUCUUCAUCUGAGGAGACACUGGAAGACUGGCAGGACUCCCCCACAAACACAACACUACGACCCAAAAGCCACACUCUGCCCAAAUCUCAGUCCCUACAUGAACAGCUGUGGGAGGGCAUCCAGAAAAAGUCGCACGACUUGCUCCGCGGCACUGGCACACUGCUAAACCGCAGCUUCUCCCGAGAUGACCCAGCAACACAGGUCCAGGGUAAGAAGCUGAUGGCCCAGUACUCCCAGCAGACUCUGAAGAAGAGUGUCGACAUGAAGUCCAAGCUGGAGGACGCCAUCUUGGGCACGGGCAGUGCUCGGUCCGACAUGAUGAGGCGGAGAGGGACGGCGUCCAGCCUAGCAGGAGAUCACACUCCACCGCUCGUUGCCCCUGAAGGGGGAGGCUCCAGACUGCGCUGGCGUAAAGAUCAGCUACAGUGGAGACAUUCUUUGGAGAUACAUGACAGGGUUGUCCCCCUUCGUGCCAGUACGAAGCCGCGAGACGUCGAUUCUGAUGCCCACGUAGAAGGCAGUCUGGCAGCCGAAGUGAGCGUCAUAUCUCUGGACAUUCUCGAAAUCAUAGUUCAGAUUGCCCAGUCAUCCGAGAUGAUGAGUCCUCUGCUCGGCAGUGCGUUGAGGGUUUUGCUGCACAUGCUCGGCCUCAACCAGAGUGUACUGGUCCUCCAGAAUAUGUUCGCCAUCCAGAGAGCGCUAGUCACCAAAUUCCUUGACCUGCUGUUUGAGGAGGAGACGGAGCAGUGUGCCGACCUGUGUCUUCGACUGCUGCGACACUGCAGCUCGUGUAUCGGAAACACGCGGGCUCAAGCCAGUGCGUCCCUCUAUCUCCUCAUGAGACAGAACUUCGAACUCGGAAACAAUUUUGCACGAGUGAAGAUGCAGGUUACAAUGUCGCUGAGUUCUCUGGUUGGUCAGAAUCAGAACUUCAACGAGGAGUACUUGAGGAAAUCUCUCAAAACCAUCCUGACGUACGCUGAGGCUGAUGUGGAGCUUCAAGAAACAACCUUCCCAGAACAGGUGCGUGACCUGGUGUUUAACCUGCACAUGAUUCUGUCGGACACUGUCAAGAUGAAGGAGUUCCAGGAAGACCCCGAGAUGCUGCUGGACUUGAUGUAUCGCAUCGCCAAGGGUUACCAGACGUCUCCCGAUCUCAGACUCACCUGGCUACAGAACAUGGCAGGAAAACACAGCGAGAAAGGGAAUCACGCCGAAGCGGCUCAGUGUUUGGUGCAUGCUGCGGGUCUGGUGGCGGAAUAUCUCAACAUGCUGGAGGACAAACCCUAUCUACCAGUGGGCUGUGUGGCCUUUCAGAAGAUCACUCCCAACAUUCUUGAGGAGAGUGCGGUGUCUGAUGACGUGGUGUCACCUGAUGAGGAAGGAAUCUGUACGGGGAAGUACUUCACGGAAAACGGCCUGAUAGGAUUACUGGAGCAGUCUGCCAGCUCCUUUACUAUGGGUGGCCUGUUUGAAGCUGUCAAUCAAGUGUACAAGAUCCUCCUCCCGAUCCACGAGGCAAGUCGCGACUACAAGAAGCUGGCUCACAUCCACCAGAAACUGCAGGAGGCAUUCAACAACGUCAUCAAACAGGAAGGAAAGCGGAUAUUUGGGACAUAUUUCCGAGUCGGUUUCUACGGGACUAAGUUUGGUGAUUUGGAUGGUGACGAGUUUGUGUACAAGGAACAGUCGAUCACAAAACUCUCAGAGAUAUCGUUCAGACUGGAGAGUUUCUACGGUGAUCGAUUUGGUUAUGAUGUUCUUCAUAUGAUCAAAGAUUCUAACACAGUGGAAAAGGAGAAGCUAGACCCAAACAAGGCCUACAUUCAAAUCACCUAUGUUGAGCCAUACUUUGAUAUGUAUGAAUUCAGAGAGAGAAUCACAUACUUUGAUAAAAACUACAAUAUUAGGCGUUUCAUGUACGCGACCCCGUUCACGCUGGAUGGGCGAGCGCACGGAGAGCUUCACGAGCAGUACAAACGGAAGACGAUCUUAACGACCAGCCACAGCUUCCCGUACGUCAAGACCAGGAUGCAGGUCAUCGAGAGGCAACAGAUUAUUUUGUCGCCGGUAGAGGUGGCUAUUGAAGAUGUUCAGAAGAAGACCAAAGAGCUGGCGUUGGCGUUACGACAGGAGCCGCCCGACACCAAGAUACUCCAGAUGGUCUUACAGGGCUGCAUCGGCACAACUGUCAACCAGGGCCCUCUCGAGGUUGCACUUGUCUUCCUGGCUGACGUGGCCGAGGGGAAACAACUGCCUAGUAGACACCACAACAAACUUCGCCUCUGCUUCAAAGACUUCUUAAAGAAGUGCGGCGAUGCAUUACACAGAAACAAGUCUCUGAUAACCCACGAACAGAAGGAAUACCAGCGGGAACUCGAGCGGAACUAUCACACCUUCAAAGAGAAACUUCUACCAAUGAUUUCCAACUCCACCACACUCCGCCGGUCACGGCAUCAUAAGAGCAAAGAAGGAAAAGAGAGAAAGAGAAUGGAACACAAUGUGACAACGUGUUGAAUGAGAAAAAGACUGGAACAUCAGCAUUUUGAAUGGACCAGUGAGUUAACAUGUGGAAAGAGAAUGCAGCGGUGUUUUGAAAGCCUGAAUCCGAGAAUAGACUGCUAAUUCAAUACAUUGAUACCAAAGAGAAUGGUACACAAUAUAUUAACACCGAGUGGUUCAACUGUUAAAAAAAGAAGAAAAGAAACGGUAUCAGCAGGAAAUGUUGUCACUGUUGAGCCAUGGUCAGAGAAAACAAACUUUAAUAACAAAAGACAUCAUGCAUUACUGACAUUAGGACGAAGGACAUUAAUUGUCUCAUCUUAUUUUCUGUUUUAAAACAUUGACAAGCAGACAAUCAUGGAGUCUACACAUGGACGGAUAUAGUUACAGGAAAUAUUGACGUUAGUCAUCAGCUAAUUCUGUGCUCACGGACUACAUAUAUUUCAGCUGAUGAUUGUUUACAUUUCCUAGUUGUUUAUUAGUGAUUAUAUUGUAUUGUUAUUAGCUACAUUGGUGCACAUGAAGACCAUGAAUCAGAGAGUCUUUGUUUCACUGCAUCAGCUAUUUGUAGAAGUAUGUGCAAGUCGCAUUCAGUCUGUAAUGAGCAUUUAUCCUUUGAUGAAUCAGUUUGAAAUUUUUAUGAACACAGACACCAUAUUGCUUUCAGGUCCAAUGUAGGUCAUGUCAUCUUGAUUAUGCUCUGCAUGAAGGUUUUAGUGUGUAAUUGGUCAAAAUACUGGAUUCAAAUGAAGUGCUAGCCCUGACUGUCUGGGGCAUGGGAGACUAUAAGGUAGAUGGAUGAGAUCAAUUUUGCCAUGUAUCAAGUUAAAAGAGUGCAGAUACCCAAAGGUUUCUGCAGACUCAAAAUUAUUAGUAGUUGUACUUGUCAUAAAAAUCAAUGUCUCAAGAUAUUUUAUGCUCCAAUAAUGUACAAGCAUGUCAGUGUCUGUUUUAUUGCCUCAUACAGCAGCAACACACCAGGAUUAAACAGCAAAAAAAAAAAAAGAGUACUUGUUUAAAAAGCCUGGUCAUUGAUGUUGGGGUCUAGGUUACCACUGAUAGUUCAUCAAGACAAGUUCACAUCAAAUUCAUCUUUAAAAAAAAAAAACGUUUAGCAGUCAUGUGCCAAAAUUAUAUGAUUAAAUUCAUCUUUGCCUCGGUUCUGUCACUAUGGGUCUGUAUCCCGUCCGUCUUGUUCCUGUAGUGUUGCUGUGUUGACAAGUGUUGCAUUUACAUUAUUUAGUAGCGAGGCAGACUGGGCCUGCUUUGUCACCAUAAUAGUAAAACCACAGUUCAUGGUCUCACAGCUGAUAGUUAGCUUUGUGUUACCUGGUUUGUCCCUAUAAUACCACAGUUCAUGGUCUCACAGCUGAUAGUUAGCUUUGUGUUACCUGGUUUGUCCCUAUAAUACCACAGUUCAUGGUCUCACAGCUGAUAGUUAGCUUUGUGUUACCUGGUUUGUCCCUAUAAUACCACAGUUCAUGGUCUCACAGCUGAUAGUUAGCUUUGUGUUACCUGGUUUGUCCCUAUAAUACCACAGUUCAUGGUCUCACAGCUGAUAGUUAGGUUAGUGUUACCCAGUCCUUAUUUGUCCCUAUAAUACCACAGUUCAUGGUCUCACAGCUGAUAGGUUAGUUUUACGUGGUUUGUCCCUAUAAUACCACAGUUCAUGGUCACACAGCUGAUAGUUAGGUUAGUGUUACCCAGUCCUUAUUUGUCCCUAUAAUACCACAGUUCAUGGUCACACAACUGAUAGUUAGCUUUGUGUUAUUGAUUACCACCAUGAAUAGAAGCAGUCUUUGGAUUGAAAUGUCGUGAUUUACUCACUGGAAAUGACAUAAAACAUUUUACUGUAGGCUUAUGGGGUGUUAUGAAAAUUAGACCUGCUUGAAAACUAAAACCUUCAGCACAUGCUUUGUUCAAAAUACAUGUAUUUAAAGCAUUUUUAAAACUAAAACCUUCAGCACAUGCUUUGUUCAAAAUACAUGUAUUUAAAGCAUUUUUAAAAAUCAGAAAUGUGUAAGGACAUGUAGGAAUCUCAUUUCCUAUAAGAAAUUGUAAAUGAACUGCUUUAUUAGUCACAAAUAGUUUACAGACUUUGUAAAAUUAGUGACAUGCUUUAAAAAUAAGAUGAAAUGAUCUGGAAUCACGGUGCAAUAGUGAAACUGAUUGUUGAUUGUCCACAUAAUCGUUAUAGUGUGCAGUGAAUCGUAUACUGUGUUAUUAAUACAAUACAUAAAAACUUUAAUGUUAGAAUUCUCUGAGGAGCAUUUUUCUUUUAUUUUAUCAUUCUUAUGUUUUAGGUGGGUUUUUAACAUGUGCAGUUGAUGUUUGUGUUUUUAGACAUAAUAUACAGGUGGGUGCAAAGCGUGAGCCAUUGUACUGCACAAUAUUAUUAAGACAACCACUUGAUAGUUUUAUUGCCGGUGACAAAAUACUCCACAUUAAUAUUCUAGUUUUAACUUCAAGUUUUGUUUGGUGCUACUCGCAUGAACCUAGUCCUUAAUUAUAUAUGUGCAAUAUUUGCUAUGCUUUUUUUAAUACUUUUAUAUUGUCAGUUAUUUAUUUUGUACUUAUUUUGUUAGCAGUUUUAAGCCUUUCACUGUGAAAUACAUCUUCAUGUCACCACUUCAUGUACAGAAAACAAGACAUAGGGCACUAGUUAAUGUAUAGCACCAUUGUUUUUUAUGUGUUGUUUUUAAUUCAUUCAUUUUAACAAACGGUUGAUCAUAAAUAUUCAUUGAAACCAUUAUGACAUCGGUAUUCACACAUACCGCCUAUUGAAACCAUUAUGACAUCGGUAUUCACACAUACCGCCUAUUGAAACCAUUAUGACACCCGUAUUCACACAUACCGCCUAUUGAAACCAUUAUGACACCCGUAUUCACACAUGCCGCCUAUUGAAACCAUUAUGACACCCGUAUUCACACAUACCGCCUAUUGAAACCAUUAUGACACCCGUAUUCACACAUACCGCCUAUUGAAACCAUUAUGAUACUCGUAUUCACACAUACCGCCUAUUGAAACCAUUAUGACACCCAUAUUGAAAUCCUUGAUCCUAGUUCUUAAUGUUCAUACUUGUUCUGUUUCACAAAACUACCUGUGAAUGUACUACAAGCAUGAGGACAACCAGAAACCAAUGUGAUUUGUCAGUAUUUAUCAUGUGAAGCAAGAUGUUGCAAGUGAUGUGUAAUUUUACAGUAAAAGCUGAAAUACAUGAAACAGUUUUACCCUUCCUAGUUACUAGUUGGUACCUGUAACACAACAGAAUAAAUUGUGAUGCCUGUCUAUUUUAUCUGUACUGUAUUCACAUAGCCAAUAUUGAAGGAAGGAAGGAAAUGUUUUAUUUAAUAACGCACUCAACACAUUUUAUUUACGGUUAUAUCACGUUGGGCAUAUGGUUAAGGACAUAUCCAAUAUUGAAAGUUUUAAUGUGGUUUUACAAUAUAUUUAUGUGUAGUGUUCCUCCUUUGUGUCUCAUCAGUGCCUAUUACUGUCAGUCAUAUUUAUAAUUGAUGUACAUUGUGCAAAAUAAAUAUCUUGUGAACAC